AUGGCGGCCGUCAAUCAGAACAUGUUCGAUGCCAGCAUCGCGAUGGACCGUCCUGGUGGGGCCUCACUGAUGUUGCUUCCACUCAACUUGAUUGCCCAGAUUGUGUCAAAUGUCGAGGAUACCGGUGACACAGCGCGACUAUGCCGAACAUGUCGCGUGCUCAACUAUAUGGCCCUCCCCCAGCUCUACCGCAGCUUGACCCUGACCUCCUACGAUAAAAUCCGCUAUCGCGGUGAGCAGCCCGAAGGUAGCGGGAGCGCAAGCCCAUUUACGAUGGGCCUCAACGCCGUGAUUACGAGACCGUAUGCGACUCUUGUGCGAUCGAUCACUCUGCGCGGCGAUUGGAAGGAAACCGACAUCGAGGAACACGCGCAGGUUGGGCGGGUACCUGACUCCUCGAUGCUGUUGAACAUUGCGGUGCGGGCAGCCGUCGAUCGCAUGACCAACCUUGAAACCUUCAGUUGGGAACUCAACACGAAAAUGCUCGAAACCGUCUAUAUAGGGUUAACCAAGCUACCUAAGCUGACCUCAUUAACGAUUCGAUUCCCCUCUACCCGUCACCCACAACCGACAUUCGUGCUUCCGGGCAUGCCGAACUUGCGCUGCUUGAAGAUCACCGACAUCGAUCCCUUGUGCUACCCGGAUGACAUCUCGACCAUCCUCUUGAAAAGCAGGAAGCUACGCGAGCUGAAACUCCACUGGUCGCCUCGUAUGCGAAUUGCGCAGGAACCCAGCGUAUCACUCCACGAUUAUUUCCGGAAAUGCACUGCCGCGAAACAACCCCUCUCCGUCAAAAAGCUCUCCUUCCAAAAUUUAUAUGCUUUUCACAGUGAAGAAUUUGAUUUUUCGUUCGACCCCACAACCGUUGAAGAUGUGACAUUUUUGAACGGAUCGGAUACCGUCGGUUUGAUGAAUACUUUCGUCGAGAAUAGCUGGCCCACCGUUAUGCCCGAUCGAAAGCUCAAGAUCAGAUCCAUGAGGAUGGAUACGGUAUCGAAGCGGAAUUCAGAGUUUAUAGGAAACUUCAAGGGCCUUGAGCGAUUAUAUUUUGUCAAUGUCUUCGAUAACUCACCCGACUACCUCAAUUCUCCGCGUCCAGGCAUGGGUCCUGCCUGCGCCGCGUUAACACCGCCAAUAUCAGAUUCUCCUGCUGUCAAUGGUACCACGGCAAACUCUCCAGCUACGGCCGCUUCUCCAGCUAGCCAGCUGAAUAUUGCAAUCAGUGUGCGAGACAGUUAUCUCGCAAAUAUCACCAUAAAUCACGGUGCAACCCUGCGCCAUCUGCUUCUUUGCUCAAAGUGGCCCCUUUCCACAUCCAUGAUCGCUCGUCUUGUGCACAGUUGCCCCAACCUCGAGCAACUGGCUCUCGCAACCGACUUUUCCAGCAUGGACUCGCUUGGAAUGCUGGUCCCGUUCCUCCGCAAGCUGGUUGCCCUCCGACUUCUCAUUCCUGCCGGUUCUCCAGCACCCCAGAGUGGUACGAAUACCAACGCCCCAUCAUCAGCCACUAGUGCCCACGCCGGAGACCCAUAUCUCAAGUCGGCGGUCCCCAACUCUGUGGCCAAUCCACACUUGAUCGCCAAAACGAACUUGUACCAGUUUCCCAAGGAGAUUGAAAACAUUAUCCUCAAUGCGCGCAGUCUCGCAGACAUUGUCGAUCUGGAUGACGAGUUGCUCAUUCAAAUGAUGAGCUACGACCUGGCGGACCACCAGAUCUUUGGCAAUGUGAAGGUCGUAGGGAUGGGCUGGAAAGCCUUCGAACUGCGCGAUCUCUACAAGACGCCUAUCCCCACCCGCGCAACCUCCGAGACCCAGUCACCUUCGUCGGCCGUUGAGACCGCGACUGCAGAGGAGCAACUGAGACCACCCAAUGGAAUGAAUGGUCAUUCAGCCAACGAUUACGGUUCACAACACCGGUCCGCUCCUACUCCGUCCAAAUCUCCCACCGCACCCUGCACCACCCCCGCCGGCAACAUACCUUCCUCUACGCUAGGAAAACGCACACGAGAUGAUGAUUACGACACUACCUAUCAACCUGCCCCGCCCGCUAAUGACACGGCACAGACCUUUGAUCACCCUUACCGCGAUCCGAGCCUGGCGAAUUGUGGACACUUCCCGCCCGUUAUAACCAACGACGGAUUCGUGUACAGACGGCACAUGCGGCGAGUUGGCUGGGAAUUCCUGAAAAAUUGGGAAAUCUGGGCACUCGAUGCCCAAGAAAUUUGA